UAGGAAUGUAGGAUAAAUAAGCUGCCUCUAUUGACUAUUGUUAUAAGAACAUAUAUAAUAGAAAAUUAUUGACUUGAGAUAUGAAUUAAAAUCUUGUUGGUAUUCGCAAACCAAACUGAAGUCCGAACCGAAACUGAAUCGAACUACAAUGUUAAACCAAAUGGUUUCGUUUUUUCAAAACUGAACAAACCGAAACCGUACCGGAAUUGAAAAAAACCGAAUGGAAGACCGAAAUGCCCACCCCUAAUCAGGACAAAAACACAGAAAAGCAAGCAAAAUAGAAUCCAAUAAUUUGUGGCCGAGGCCUUUGUCAACCAAACAUGUUUUUCAAACAGUUUUGCUUGAAUUAUCAGUACAAUUAAACAUGUAUUUUUGUACUUUUUGUAUUUUAAAUAUAAAAAAAGCUUUUUGAGGACACAUUAUUUGAAGUGUAGAUUUUAUUUCAACAUGCUCAGAUCUGUUUUAACUUUUAAAUUUUGCCUGUUUUAAUUUCAUUUGGAUAAUUUUUGGAUUUUUAUGGUACUUUUCUGUCAAAAGAUGUGUAUGAUUUGCACUUUGAAACUGUUUUAUCAUGCAUGGUCCUUUAUGGUUCUCAAUUUUGGAACUCAUAUCUGAAACAUGGUGCAGCUGCUGGAUUUUUGUUAUGCCAACUUGUUUCUUCAAUUGACAUUCUUGUGUAACCUAUGAUGCUGAUAGAUGUAUUGUCUUUCUGAGGCAGCAUAUUAAUCUUUCUUUUCUCUUAUCUCUUAAUACAGCAAGGGUGUUAAACCCAUAUUAAUAAAAUGGGAAUACCAGUGGCUCUAAGACUUCAUUGCUUGAAAGAAAUUCAUAGACUCUUACCUCUAAAUCAUGCAGGGAAAAGUUAUCAGCUUCUUGGAGGAGCUGGAAGUUUAGUUCCAUUGUGUUUGAGCUCAUCACUUCAGAAAUCCAUUGGAAGCAUUGAAAAACAUGAUUACAAAAGCUGUGAUUAUCGUAGGUAUUCAACUAUAUCAAAAUCAAAACAAGAGUCUCUUCCGCAACAUGAUUUAUUGUCCUUCAUCCAAUCUACUAUUAACAAGCAUGAAGGCCCUUCUCAUUGUUGGUUAAACGGAAUUGCGUUGAAAAAGAAUUUCUUUAAGAAAGAAGGCAUUACUUUAGUUCUUGUAGCUGAAUUCUUUCAAGGUUCCUCUUUGUCACAGCAUGACCUUUUUAUCAUGCUUGAUAAAGUCAAAUUACUUCAGCAGAGGUAUCCUUUCCUUCCAGUAAUGGGAUAUCAAUAUAGCACAUCUCCCCUUCUCUCUAAAGAUGAUUACACACAUUUGCUCCGAAGAGUGAUGAAGGAAUACAUAACCUUUCCUAUUUUGUUGUCUAACAAGAAUUUUCCUAAGAUUACCGGUGGGACAUGUUGCAUCAUUUUCAGGGGCCUUAAGAGUCCUAUAAUCUACCAAGGGAAGGAAGUGGAUUCCAUGAUUCUUGACGAUGUCAUCAAGGAUUUGAAAGUUCAGGAUAGGAAGACCGCUAAUUUCAUGCAUAAUAUGAAUAGUCCUUGGGAAAAACCACUUGAAGUAUUCAAGGAGCCAUAUCUCUGCUUUCCCUUGCGAAAUUUAUUUCUUUAUUUUCCAGGUUGUGUUUCAGUUGAUGAGAAAGGAAAUCGCGUUUUCGUUUCUGACAGUAAUCACCAUCGGAUCAUUGUAUUUGAUGCUAAUGGAGAAAUUCUAGACUCUAUUGGUUCCUCUCCUGGUUUUGAAGAUGGAGACUUUGAAAAUGCGAAGUUAAUGCGCCCUGCAGCUUCGUUUUAUCAUGCUGCUGACAAUUGCUUGUACAUUGCUGACUCAGAGAACCAUGCCAUCAGGAGAGCUGAUAUGGAGAGGAGAAUUCUAGAUACAUUGUAUCCAGCAACGAACUCAAAUAAGGAUUCCAAUAGUUUAUGGAGCUGGAUUUUUGGCAAGCUUUGGAGCAGGAAGGAUAUAGAGGCUAAAUCUGAUGAAUUUCCUCCAAAAACAUUGCUAUUCCCUUGGCAUAUUUCAAAAUGCCAAAAUGAUCUCUUUGUUCUUAAUCGCAACUUGCAGACCUUAUGGAUCCUGGACUUGGCCUCAGGGGCUCUCCAAGAAAUUGUGGAAGGAUUCUCGAAUAUAUUGGAGAAAUGUGGGCAUCUUAUUCUGGAGAAGUCAAAUAUUCUUAAACAAAUACCAAAUGAUUUGUUGAAGCAGCUAACGCAUACUGAUUGCUCAUUGGAGGGAAUUCCAUAUGCUGAUCUCAUAUCUUCCAUUGCUACUUUUCAAGAUGAUAUAAUCAUUUGUAAUACAGUUGGUCAGGAGGUAUUAAAGUUCAAUAGCAAAUCUGGGACUUUAUCACCCUUCCAGUUCUCAAAUUUUAGCAUCCUUGGCCUUCCUUAUUGGUUCUCAUUUCCUAUGGAGCGAGUAUAUGCUACUAAAGAUGCACUAUCAGGACUUCAUGUUGAUCAUGCUGAACUUUUUAACUUGCUGCCAGGUAAAGUUGACAUAAAAUUGAGUAUCGACAUACCCAAGUCAUUUGAGCUGGUGGAGCCCUUGAAUGAAAGUUGCAUAUGGCGCCAAGUUAGAGGAGCAGCAACAGUAGUCUCUGAAGCAGAGAAAGUUUCCACUUCUGAAAAGGUAUGCGCUGCCCAACAAUGGUACGAUGAACUUGACCACCGAACCUUCUGGGAAUCGGAAUUGGAAGUAGAAUCAAACAAAGAAGUACACAGCUCAACUGAAUCGAGCGUAGAACUGCUUAGCUCAAGUCCUUCGGAAGUUGUGCCAGAAGGGAAAGUUCUCACUGAUUGCUGCAUCAACACCAGUCCUGGUACAAGUGAGGUCAUUAUCUCUGCUGCGCUGUAUUUGAAACUGAGGAAGACUGCAGAUUCCGGCAUGGAUAGUCGGGAGCAGAAGGCUGCCAAGAUAGCGGAUAGUUUGGACCCCACUAGAAGGGUAAGCAAAGAUUUGCUCGUUUCAUAUCUGUUGGCAUCAAAAAGAGAUUUGGAAGGCCUCAUUGUAACUCGACCUUUACAAGUGAGGCUCAAGUUUGAGUGCCCAAACCACCCAACAUCAGAAGAUAAUUCCAAAGAAAUUAUCAUAACUGAUUCUUCUAUAGAUGUUAGUGUUUCUCUUUUGAACCCAUAGUUUCUUACAGGCAAAAUAUAUUACUUUUAUCAUCCUUGUAUUUCUAUAUUGUUGUAAAAAUUUUGGUUUAUUGUAGUGGACUUUGAUCUUACCUCUCAUACUUCAAGAAGUUUUAUGGUAUAGUUGGAGUUUUAUUGAAAAAGAGAAUUUUCAGAGAACUGCUGUCUGCUGAUUGAAAUUAUAGUAUUAUACAUUGAAUACAUUCGAUUCAUUGAUUCA